AUGACACCCCGAAGAAAGCGCUCUCACGAGGAGUCAGAUGCCAGUUCGGACACCACUUCUGAGCCUCCUACCGCUUCCCCUACGGAAGCCACUACCGAUACUCCGACCCAAGCUACGACUGAAGCUCCUGAAGAGACCGAGGUCUCCCGGCCCCGGGCGAAGACUGCGAAGAAACUACUCAAACCCCGCAAACCACGCACACAAGCAGCGGAGUCCUAUAGACGUGCUCAGGAGAACGCUCACACCCGAAAGCUAGAGGAACAGGAGGAGCUAGAACGCCUCACCGAGACGGCCGGUGGUGAGCAGAGUUUAAAUUGGCCUGAAUUGCUGAUCGACAGGUACAAACAUCAGAAACAAGUUCCAACUUGCGAUCGGUGCAGGGUCAAGAACCGUUGGUGCAACCAAGAUCCCAAUGGCUGCAGCGCCUGUGUCAAGGCCAACAUCCGUUGCACCGUCACAGACAAAGUUUCCCAUGUUACUUGGGAACGUGGAAACGAUAUUCCCAUGAACAUCGCAGCCGCAGACGCCCAACUACUGGCAAAGCUUACAGCAGCGGUGGAGGAACGCGACUUGCUGCGCGAACAAGUGCGCCGAGACCCCAAUGCCCGAGAACUCAGCCGAGUGCUGCUGGAAAACCAGCGACUCCAAAGAGAAAACGAACGCAUGCAAAGGUCCCUAUCUGCCUUUACCGGGAAUCCUGUGAGCACUGACAACCCCCCACGUGCUCGCCCUGCCAACAAUAGCAACCCUUUACCUGCUAGUCCUGCCAACAAUGACAACUCCUCACCUGCUAGUCCUACCAACAAUAACAACUCCUCACCUGCUACUCCUGCCAACAACCCUAGUCUCAAUUAUGGUAGCGAGAUCCCCCCUGAGAGGUUGUUGACAGCGAUGCCCGGCUAUCGUCCUCCAGCACAACUUCCUCCUAGUCGCUUUGAUAGGGCACCCAAAGCUGCCAGACUAAGUGACUGGGCGGUUUCUCGAGGUGACCCGCCGUUGCCAAAGUCUACCCGUCGCGAACCCCGUACUCCUACUAAACAAGCCUCUUCCACAGAAACGCCUCCUCGUCAGGACACCAUUAUCGAUAUCAGUCAUGCUGGUCUCAAAUGGAAGAAAAUGAACAUCGGUAAAGCCAAGACUGUUGAGGAAUUUGCGAAUAAUCUUUUGACGAAGAUCGGGCUUCCUGUGCCCGAGUGGGUUUCACCUGCACGUCCCAACAACGGUAGGGAAAAUGCUCCUGCUGCUAACCCAGCAACUCUCCCAGCAUUCGCGCAGCCGCCCAACACUCAAUCUCCAGUGGCGCCUCAGAGAGCGGAAUCGGCCGAGCCUGAGACGGCUUCAGCUCAGCAAGCUUCUGAGCAGCCAGAAGAUAUGGAUUGGUCUGUGGACGGGGACAAUGCCGCUGCUCAGCCAGGCAAUGACGAUGAGAACUUUGAUGAGGAAAUGCGGGAUUAG